AGAUUGUUACUAGACCACCGUUCCCAAUUUUUUCCUAGUAACUACGUUAGACAAACUCGCUUUCAAUAAGUUCAAUUAAUUUGACAAAUACCCAACAGCUGUUUAUACCUGAUGGGCGUUUAUACUCCGUUUUAUUAACAACACACUGGCCAAAUAGUGAAAUCAUCUUAUUCUGUCAAUGCUCUGGUAGAAUAAUUAAUCCACCUUAUUUUGACAGUUUCUCUCUACGACGCAGAAUCGCAAUGUAUUUCUCAUCACUGGCCAAAUAAUUAAAUCACCUUAUUUUGACAGUGAACUGUCCGAAUAGACGUAUAGUUUAUUUAUUAAAUGUUUUAAAACAAUGGCUAGUGGAGGUGGUGGUAGUUUUAUUAGUAAACCGGCUAGAGGCUGGUUACAUCCUGAUCAUCUCGUUAGCAAGGAAGGAAUUACCUAUGCAGUUAGGUAUAUUGGAUGUGUCGAAGUUAAUACGUCAAUGAAAAGUUUGGAUUUUGAGACGAGAUCAUGUGUAGCCAAAGAAUGUAUAAACAGGGUGUGUGAAGCUGCAGGAAUAAAAUCAGCCGAUAAAAAGAGAAGGGUCGGUAGAAAUGUUUUAAAAGCAAUAUCAUAUAAGCCUUAUAUGGAUCAUGCAGGAUCAAACAUUGAAUUGACCAUAAGUAGUUGUAGUUUAACUUUAACGAUACUUGAAACAGAUCAAAUAAUUGCUAAACAUGAAAUGCCUCGCAUCUCCUUUGCCUCUGGCGGUGAUACGGAUAUUUUAGACUUUGUUGCUUACGUGGCGAAGGACAUUAAAGAAUGGCGUGCCUGUUACGUUUUAGAAUGUGGAGGUGGUUUAGCACAAGAUGUAAUAUCAACAAUUGGACAAGCAUUUGAACUCAGAUUUAAAGAAUUUCUCACUAAACCAUUGCAUCCAGCAUUGAAUGGUUUACGAGAAGCAGACAGAGAUUAUUACAAUGAUUUGCCGGGAAAAGUUCCACCAGAUAUAGGACCUCCUCCAGUACCUCCACUACCAACUUCUGCAUCCACAUUGCCAAAUUUAAAACAUCAUCAUUCCAAUCAUAAUCAUGCGGGGAGCAGCAUUCAAAAUACACCAUUACCCGAUCCAACAUCUAGCAAUUGUAUGAAACAAUCACAACAAUGGUCAGAAUCAGAUAAUUUAAUUGACUUGAGUUCAGAUUCCCUUCCUUUACCUUCCAAUUACAAUGUACCCGAGCACAAUUAUGUGAAUGACACAAUCAUUGCUGCAAAUAAGGAGAGUAGAAGAGAACCAGUUACUUUCUUUGACGCCUUUGAUAUGCAACCUUUUUGUACUGCUAUAUCGGAAAUAAUCAAAUUGAGUCCUGAAUCACAAAAACAACAAUUGAAACAGGAAAUUUGGUUUCACGGAAGUGUCAGUAGAUUUGAGGCCGAAUCUAUGCUUUCUAGAGACGGAGAUUUUCUAGUUCGAGAAUCUCAAGGUUCACCCGGUCAGUAUGUAUUAACUGGCAUGAAUAAUGGAACUCCAAAACAUUUAUUACUGAUCGAUCCUGAAGGAGUUGUACGCACAAAGGAUCGCGUUUUCGAUAGUGUAAGUCAUUUGGUAAAUCAUCAUUGCGAUAAUGCUUUACCAAUUAUAUCUGCAGAUAGUGCUUUGGUACUUCGGUAUCCCGUCCCUAGACGUACUGCAUUUUAAGAAAAAGAAAACAGCUUCUCAAGAACAAAAAAAAUAAGCCACUAAUUUUAUCGAAUUUUUAUGCAAAUUGUCUUGUGACUGUUUUUUUUGUUUGUUGAAGAAACGUAUAAAGAGAACAGGGAAUUUACAGUAUAGAAUUAUUCCAUUUGCAUAAAUACAGGAAUAUGUGCGAGAAAAUAUAGCAUUUUCAUCAUAAUACAAUUUACGUGUAUUUAAAUUUAAAAAAUACUAACUAGAAAAUAAUUGGAAAAAAAAUAUUAAUAUACCAAAUUUACGAAAAUAGUUUUAAUCGACGUAUUUUUAAAAAUCUUCAUUGUUAUUAAUUAUUAUUUUUUUAUUCAUCACAUUUUUUUUUAUACGAAUUUCAUAUUGUAUUAUACUCAAAUUAUAUUGAAUCUUUUCUUUUAAGAGAAAAUAAUUCUAUUUUUAGAGAUCUUUCUUUUUUAAAAGAAUAGUGAAUUUUUGAAAGAAGAAAUUUCAAAAUAUUGAAUGAGUUUGAAUUAUUUUUGUAUUUAAAUGAAAAAAAAAAAACGAGAAAACCAAAGUCUACCAAUUAUAAAAUGACUUCAAUCUAUGUUUCGACCAAAUAUUAUUUUUAUCAAUAUAUUGUGAUUUCAAUGAUUUUUACAAAUAUAUGUGAUUGAUAAUUAACUUUUUAAUAUGAAAUUAUACAUUUUUCAUACUAAGAUUUAUACAUAUACAUUUACCAUUUAAAUAAUCAAUGGCUUUAUGUAUUAAAAUUCAUCUGGAAGUUGAUAGUAAAAGAGAAUUGCAGUUUUA